AUGGCGAGCCAGUGGCCAGAUUCCACCGAUCUCGCAGCCUCUUUAGCUGCCCUCGACACCACCCAAUCCGAUUCCAACACGAUCCGUGAAGACAAAUCUCAACCUCCCACCCCCGACGGAUCGGGAAGACCCGUCAACUUCGCCAUGAUCGCCCCUGGCAUCUACCGCUCCAGCUAUCCUCUCUAUGCUCAUUUUGAGAAGUUGUCCGAUCUGGAGCUCAAAACCAUCGUCACCCUGGUCCCAGAACCGCUUUCGUUCGACUACGAAAAUUUCAUCUCCACCAACGGCAUCAUCCAUCACCACAUCCCCAUCCUCGCUAACAAAGAUCCCAAAAUCUUCUCCUCGCACGAAACUGUUUUGAAAGUUCUGAACCUCAUGCUUGAUCCCACCAAUUAUCCGAUGCUCAUCCAUUGCAACAAAGGCAAGCACAGAACAGGAUGUAUGACCGCAUGCUUCCGCAAAGUCACCGGCUGGACUCUUGAUGCCUGUAUCGAAGAAUACGAAAUGUAUUCGAAGCCAAAGCAUCGUGCCCUCGACAAAGUUUUCAUCGAUCAUUUCGAUGCCUCCAGCCUUAAGCCCCUAGCCCUCGAACGUGGAUACGUGGGCGGUGUUUAUCGACAGCCAGUUCGAGGUUCGGGCAAAUCUUCAAUUUACACCAACAAUACUCUCAGCACGUCGAACACGAGCAUUAACGACUAUCAAGAGCGUGUCAAGCGAGAGAACGAUGUCUUCAUGGAAUCGUCCCGCUUAUGGUCGCACCGUUGA